UAACUGCUAGUACGUGAUUCGAACUGCAGACAAAGUUUUUCUAAACUUCUCUCAAGUGAUUGCAUCUAAACUACGAGAUUUGCAUACUUAAAUGAAUAAUGUUCUUUAAGUGAUUUAUGACAACAAUUUCAUUUAUAGUUCUUUGCAUUAUGCUGGAAAUUAUUUACCGCCAAUAGUCACGACCAAUUGCACUGAGUUGUACCUAAAAAUAUUUAUUUACGUGAUGUUUUCGCUGGGAGCUAAUUGUAUUACACGUUUACCUAUUUCCAAUGCAACUGAAUAGCCGAAACUUAAAUGCCCUGCACAGGGUAUAAUUUACCCAUACAACUUCAUGUCGAAAUCUAGGCAAUUUAAAGCGAACAAACAAAACUUUUGAUAAGGCUAAGGCCAAAGUAUUGGCCGAAAACCACGUAAAAUGCUCACAAAGAGAUGAUAGCCGCACAUGGAGAAUUUUCGGCACUGAUAAGUAGUAAAGUAUUUCAUUAAUUCAGUAUAGUUACGGUUUUCAAUGGAGGUGGAAUUAAGUCAGAGGUGCUUCCGAUAAGUGUGUGUGCGUGUGCUUCUGAUGCAAAUGCCGCGCAAUCGAUAGCGUAAUUGAAUUCAAUGCGAACUCCGCAGUGCCUGAAGCGCUGGAUGCGCCCCUACAUCUGUCUCAUGGAGCUGCCAAUCAACCGACCUGGAAGCGGGAACCUGCUGCUGGGACUCACCUCCGUGGUGGGUCUCAUUGGAGCCGCCUAUCUGCUGCAGUGUGGCGCCCAGCAGCUCUUGGGCAAACUAGCCAGUAAGAAGUGGAGGAAGGAGGAGUCCAGCAGCGAGGAUCACGCCUGCAACGUCUGCUGUGCGGACCUGGAACUGAGCAGUGCCAAAAACUACGUGACAUGUUGCACCUGCGGAAAAUCGGUUUGCCGCGGGCCGAAAUGCGCCGACUGGCGGCCCAAGGACGCCAAGUGGGAGUGCCAGCUGUGCCAGAGCUCCAAGGAGUCGCUGGCCCACACCUCCUCGUGGGUGGCCGAGCAAAUGUCCUUCAACCAGCACAAGUUUGUCUAUCCGAUGAGGGCCAGGAGCGAGGUGUACAUACCGAUUGUGGGCGAUGGCAACGACAGCAGCAUGCAAUUCGAGAGCGUUAGCCAGAUUGGACAAACCGCCCACAUGGACGAACGGGCCAAGAUCCGCGAGUACGUCGAGGAGAUUGUGGCCGAAAUGCUGGGCGGCAAUUUGGACCACGUCAAAGUGGGGCAGCUGUCCAAGAGUGAGAACUACUUGCAACUCUUUGAUAAAUUCCAUGCGAAGCUGAGUAACCUCCUUAUCAAUGUGGAAAACAGUUUGUGGGCGCGUGCGCUCAGGGGAGAUCUGCCGGCCAUCGUAAAUGGCCAUACCAACAAUAAUAAUAACAACAACCAUGCGGACUCCGAGCUGGCCGACCUCUCGCAGACCCGACUACGCAGUCUCAUCGAGACCAUCAUAGCGGAGACCCUGCGGAGCUCCUCCCUCAGCGCCAGCGGAGCCGUCUCGGAGAUCAGCCUGGACACCAGGUCCCACGUCUCCGAGCUGGCCAAUGGCAACGGUCUGAAGCGGCGCCAUCGCACCGAGCACUACUUCGAGCCGAAGAUCUACCAGGAUCUGCUGGCCACAGCGGUGCUAAAUAAGAUUGCGGAUAAGGAAGGGAAUACAAGACUGGCGGCGGAGAGUACGCCGGACUUGAGUGGUCGCCACAUUGACGAGAAUUUCAAUGCCGAAGCGCUGAGCACCACGUCCGGAAGCUCCAUUGAACCACGGAGUGAUUGCAGCCUCACCGAUCAUGAAAUCGGACUGGAUAAUGGCAAAUCCCAAUCCCUGCAAACGGACUUGGAAAGGGAAUCCGUGCUUAGUGACUACAUAGCCGCACACAUGGUGCCACUGCCGGACUUUUCAGCAUCCGUCACCGAAUCCGAGGAUGAUAUUGGAUCCAUCUCCUCGGGCAUGAUCGGAGACGGAAACUGGGAGGACAACUGGCUGUUCAAGAAGAAGCGCAGCUCGGCCACUCCGAGCAGCAUUGGCAUGCUGGUGCCGGCGCCGAGGGAGAAUGUACGUGCCCAGAUUGGGGAUAAGACCACCGACGAGGUGAGCGAUCUCUCGGAGAUAGGUUCGGACAUCGAGGAGAGCUCUCUGGAUCUGCUGCGCUGCAACGAUCUCAACGAUCGUCUGCUGAGCAAACACCUUAUUGGUGGACAAAACACCAAGAUGGUCCUCGACGAGCUCGUAGAUCGCACCAGUCUCACGUCUCAUACAUUGCCGGAGGAGAACGAGCCCGCAUUCACGGAGACAACCAAUGAGUUUGUGGUGUCCCCGAUGGCCAUGCCCUCUGAUAUAAAGGCGCCGUCUCCGACGCCACCUCCGCCACCAAUGAUAUUCCAGGAUGACUUAUUGAACGAGGAGACAGACCACACUCCCAUCGCAGCCCAAGGAGAAUCCGAGGAGCUGUCCAGCCUCGAUGGCUGCACUGGCUUUAGCACAGUCGAGUACAUCGAUGAGGGGCAGAUGCACGAUACUGUGCCAUCGGUGAUCGAGAUCUUGGCAGCCAUGGCCCUGGGACCCAUGCUAGCUGUUCCGGCAUCUGAACAGCCCGGUGCCAUGACACCCAGUGAGAUGCACACCCUCAAAGAACUGAGUGACUUGGCCCUCGCCGAGAUCAACGCUCGCACCGUGGACCUGGUGCACGCCCACUCACUGGACAUAAUUGAAGAGGAGAACACGGAACCUUCAGAAGCUGGCCCACAGCUACACCUUGACUUUGUCCCACAGCCACCGCUCGAAGAGAUUACAACUACUGACCAAACGGAUGUGCUUCCACCUCCUACACAAUUAAAGCUUAUAUCUGAGAUUGAACUGCCGCCGCCUAUAGAAUUGGUCCAAGAUAUCAAUUCUAUGGAAACGCAGUAUCCUGCAGCAAUUGUCCCUGAAUUAGAGAUUCCAGGACAGACUGCGCCUGUGGAAAUUGUUCCGGAGAUGAAAACUGAUGUAGAGUCCGUGCAGAUUGUCCCAGAAAUAACACCUCCUUUGGAUUUUGUACCAGAAGACCAAUCUAAUGUGGAAUCAAAUCAAGUAGUUCCAACAACAGAAUCUGAUGUUGUCCAUGUGCCACUGCAUGUGGAAUCUGGUCCAGAAAUACCAGUGCCAUUAGAAAUCGUACCAGAUCCCUUGGUAAUUGCUGACUCCGAACUACACUCAGUGGAUCCACCAGAAGCUAUAAAUGUCGCUUCGCUGGACUUGGAACCGCAAAAGCCUUUGGAUUGCGAUCCUGAAACUGUGCCAACUCUAGAACCUAUCGAGCUUAAUCCCGGAGCAGAAUCUAUAGGAGUGGAUCAAGGGCCCGUAACCAACGUGGUUCCAGGUGAUCCCACAGCAAGUUUAUCAGAAAAAAUUCCGGAAAUGAUUGCAGACCCCAUACCUGUCCCAGUAGACAAUGGUACACAAUUGGAUGAACUGGGAACUAUUGAAGCUGAUACAUCAGUCCCAAUGGAAACCGUUUCUGUAGUGGAACCCCAAGUGCCUGUGGAAGCUGACGCCGUAACUGAAUCUGAUCCUGUGAACUCACUCCAGCCGCUGGAUAAUGUUUUAGAGAUUCCACCUUCACCAGUGCCAAUAGAUUCAGAGCCUCUAAAUAUUGCAGCCGAUUCAUCGCUACCUUUAGAAGUCGCAGAGCCCGAGGAAUCAACUACUAUAGAAGUUGCUACAGUGGAUUCAACACAAUUUGUAGAGACGGAACUACCAACGGCCGUGGAAAGUCUAGUCUCUGUAGGAAAGCUUAAAGACGGUGAAUCUGUUGAUGUCAUAAUAGCAACUGACUCUAUCGUAGUAAGCCAGCCACAAGUUGAAGAAACUGUUAGACCAUCAGCUUCUGUGGACAUAGAUUCAGAAAAUCAAACAGUGGCACUAGUUUUCAAUGUUCCAGAAUCGCAAGCAAUAUCAGAAGAAGUCGUAUCGACAAUUGAAACGAUAAGUCCGCCACUUCCAACUGAAGUUGCCGUUCCAGUAAAGUCCAUUGACGUGGAAACUUCAGAGUCUUCAGGAGCUACAGAACCUGCCUCAGUUGAACAAUCAGAGCCCGUGGAUAUUGUUCCGGAAAUACACAAUGUCCCAGUUAACUCAUCUGAGCACUGUGAAUCGGUCCCUGAAGCGAAUGUGAAUAUACCACCUAUGGAAAUAGUUCCACUUGAGAAUAGCCCGUCCAUGGAACUUCAAGACGAAUUACCUCAAACAUUGGAAUCUAGUGCAGUGGAUCCCCCAGCAGCGCAGACCGUUGCAGUUGAUCCCUUACCGGUUACAGAAGUUGGUCCGGACGUAGUUCUUUUGGAACCCCCAUCGCUUGUGGAAACUGACCCAGAUACAAUGGCAAUAGAAAACCUUGAUCCUAUGGAAAUUAAGCCUGAACCAGAAUCUAGCGCAACAGAAAAUCUGACACCUAUCGAAAGUUUAGCUGAAGCGGAGUCCAUCGAUGUGAAAAACCAAAUUAAUUCGUCAAAUCAUGAACAGCAAACCAUAUCAGUAGAACCACAACCGACAGUCCCAAUGGAUACUAUACAGCCUAUUGAAAUCGUUGAAGAAGUAGCAUGCAACACCGUAGAUUUAAUAGCCACCACUGAAGCUAUUAAUGUUGAUCACUCAGAGCCUGGAGAAGCAGCUCCUAUAAGUGAAGUACUGGAAUCCCAUAGUUCUGGAGGAGAACUUCCUGAAGCGGACUCUCACACAAUAGAACCAUUACCAGCGGAAGUGAUCGAAAUGGUACCCCCAAUAUCUGCAGAAUCGCUGGCUCCAUCUGAAGCUGUUGAGCUAGUUUCUCCAUCUGCUAUUGUAUUGGAUAUCCAAUCACUAUUACCGGAACAACUGGAGCCCAUGGAAAAUGCAACUAAAAUUGAAAUUGAGGGCAUGGUAUCACCAGCACCCGUGGAGAUUGUUCCUACCACAACAGAAGAUUUACUCCAAGCUGAAUCCAUAGUGGAGACCGCUUGUCCCGUUCCAACGGUAGAGGAAGUAAAACCCAUGGAAGAUUCAACAGCUGCUAUAGAUAAGGCACCACAGAUAGCACCUAUUGAAGAAGAAAGUUCUCAACAUUCGGAAAAGGAAACUCCAGAGUCAGUGGAAGUGGGUUUGGACACACCAAAUGUGACUGUUGUAAUAAGCACGACUCUUGAAGUAACUCCUACGGCUACGGAAGCUGUCAGUAUCCCUACAUCAGAUGGAGCAUCAACAGUAACGCCUGAACCUCCUAAAAAUAAUUGUGAGACUGCACCUCUAGCAGCUAAAGAAAAAGAACCAAAUGAAGCUAUAGAGACGCAAUCGAUCACUGCUGAUAUCACACUUCAUGAUGAAAUUGUUUCUCAACAUGGAAAUCUUGAAGCCUCCGAACCGCAAGCAUCGAUCGCAAACCUCAACGACAUGGAAUCUAAAGAAGGUUUAGAAGUUCCUGUAAAUGUAUCACAGUCUAAAGAAGAUGAUAUUCCGACAGAACCCAUCGCAGUGGAUGUUGCAGUUCCUGAAGAAGUUGCUCCCCAAUGCGCAGUGGUCGAAGUAGGAGUAUCAGAGCCAGAAGAAGGAACGCCUGCGACAAAUAAUUUAACUUCAGGUGAAAAUCCACCAGAGGCAGUGUCGGAAUUGGUGGCUGAAGAACCAACACUGCAUGAGGAAAUACAUACAGAAUCCGGUGAAAAUGAUUCCCAAAAAAGUACUGAUGCAGAGGAUUUACAUGAAUGUAAUAUGGAAGCCGAAGAAAAAGUGGAUCCCCUACCGGCUGCAGCAGAAGUUGCUCCAGACAUAAUUACCUUAGACCCCCCAUCGCUUGUGGAAGUUAGCCCGGAUACACAAGCAAUGGCAAUAGGAAACAUUGCUCCUUUGGAUAUUAUUCCAGAACCGGAAUCCAUGGAAAUUGAGCAACCAGUACCUGUGGAAAAACUAGAGUCUAUCGUAGUGGAGAGUGAGCCUGUAGCAAUUGAUCAUCCAGCGCUGUUGGAACCAUCAGUUUCUGCAGAAUUCCAAGAUAAAGUUGCUUCAGCACAGCAACAAGUUCCAGAAAAUAAAUCCGUCGAAGAGGAUUCACCAAAAGUUAGUAUAGGGGAAGAAAUACUUACAAUGGAUCCUAUUACGCCUGCAGAUGUGGUUUCUGAGGAACCAAUACCUUCUAGUGAAGCCACCUUAGUUGAAGUAAUAGCUUCUGAACCAUUAAAAACUGUGAUUGAACCAGUUUCAGUAUCUCAAUCGCCAACUAUUGAAGACACAACGCCGGAGGAAGUGACUCAAUCUGUCGCCGUGGAUACAACAGAUACCGAAGUCGCAUCGGCGGACCCCAUCCAAAUUGAUCAAAAAGAACCACCUGUUCAGGUCCAACUCGUUUCUCUAAUCGAAACUAGCGAUCCACAAGAAUCACCAAAAGAUACUGCGCAGGUCGAAGGUGAUUCAGUGGAUCAGGCAACCCUUCCGCAAGAUUCGGAGACAGAUUCAAUCGCAGUGGAGCCAUCUAUUCCUGUCAAGCAAAGCGAAGAUUCCCUAGGGGACCCACCAGCAAGUGCUCAGAAUGUGCUAGACGUAGGACCUGUUGAAGUCAAUCAAUCGGCCCCAGAGGAAAUUUCUGGGAGUGAUUCUGUCGCAGUGGAACUGUCGAAUCCUGUGGAGCGAAUCUUAGAUUCUUUAGGAAACACAGAUUUGGGGGCAGAGACAGAAUCUGCAGGCGCAGAUACUGAAAUCUGUGUGGACCCAAACACUCCUGCAAAGAUUGCAAGCCUAGAAAUCAAUGAACUGGAAAUAGUAACUUCCGAGGUGAAGGAGGAUCCGUUGGUAGAAUCGACGACCAUCGAUGAACAACCAUCGGCUGUUUUGGAGCCCUUAGUUUUGAUUUGCCAAGCGGAAUCUACAAAUCUGGAUCAUGCACUAACAGAGAACCUUGUUCCUCAAGAACAAUCAGUUCCUAAAUCGUUACCAACUAAUUUAACCAUACAAACACAACCUACGGACUUGGAGACUCAACCAUCUACGGAACCUAUUCUAGAAACGGAAACUGUGGAUGUAGAAGAGGUGAAACCAGCUGACAUGGGAGAUUCAACAGUAGAUAAGUCGCAGGAAACUGAGGAAAUGGUUUUGAAAUCGGAGAGCUCCAAGGGGGAACCUUUAGAAGCUACUGAGUUAGUCACUCCGGAGCCAGUUGUGUACGGAGUACCUAAUUCCGAAACGGAAUCUACCUGUGCAGAUUCAAUGAUAUCCGUUAACUUGGUUCCACAACUAGAUUCAGUUCCUUUGUCUGAACCAGAGAAUUCUGAACCGCAUGCUUUUGAGAACCCCAUUCCAGAAUCAGUUUCGAGCACUGAGGAUUUACUAGAACCUGCACAAGUUCUUUUACAAGAAGAUCCUGUCGAUAUGGAAAACCUACCGGGCGUGCCAAUUGUUCCUGAUGUAUGCGCCCUUGAAUUGGUACCCUCUCCUGUCGGAGUCACUACUCAAUCUGUAGAUACAAACGCCAUAGUUCCUGUGGAAACUUCGCCUAUGGAUGUUGAAAGUACUCCAGAUUUACAAGCUGAAGCAUUGGAACCUCAAGAGUCCGUGCCUGCAGCACCAGUAGAGGUUGUUCCGGAAACAGAACAUCUCACAGAGGAAACAAAAAAUGAAACGGCAAAAAAGGUUGCAGAACCAGCCAUCCCAGUGGAAAUUGUUCCAGAAGAACAACUUCUAUCAUCAGGAAAUAAUGUUCCGGUGGAAAAAGAUACUUCAUCCGUACCAGUUGAAACUCCUUCCGAUACAGUAUCUAUUCCAGUGAGUGUGGACACCGUGGAGCAAAAGGAGAGUAACGUUAGUGAGGAACCGCAGUUUGGUGAAGAUAUUUUAAAGAAAGAUGAUGCAAUAUUAGCAUCAGUAACUGCGAAUGCGGAUUUAUCAAGCGAUACCCAACUAGCCAGUAUAGACCAAGAAUUAAAGGAUGCGGGAACAGAAGGUUCCAUUGCGGAACGCGAGGUGAAGAAGUGGUACAACGCCGUUGAGAUGCCAAAUAAUCCGUACUCCCCGGAGGCCCUGAAGCAGCGCAUCAGUGGCACCCAGGAGCGCUACAUGGAUGUGCCCAACAUCAGUCCGAGUGCUGAGCAAAAGGCACUGGCAUCGGCGCUGACGGAAAAUCCGGAUCCGCCAGCGCCCAAAGCGGAUUAUAAGCGCUAUAGCCGCGACUACUACAUCAACAAUGCUCCAACAUCCCCUGACAGCACGGGGAGUGGAAAGGCCGCCACGACCAGCGCAGCCGAGGAUGUGGAGGACAUCGUGAUCAACGAGGUAAAUCAAGAACCAGAACCACAUCCACCGCAUGGCCGCAUUUCAAGUGGCGCUCAGAGCACCGCUGCCGACCUCUCUCAUUGGACCCUAUCCACGCCAGUGCGACGCAGUAGCUCACUAAAGUUCAUUAACAGCCGCCCCUUCCACUCCCCCUCCCCCUCGCUGGGCUACGAGAGAUCGGUGCCCCUCGAGAGACCUUCGACCUCGGCGUCCCAUUACCGCGAAUCGAGUUUGGGUUUGGGUGACGACGACGACUUUGACCUGAGAUCGCAGCGCUCCUGGCGCAGCAGCUACAGUUCACUGCCCAAGCGACACACGCAGUCCUCGCUGAGCCUGCACAGCAAUGGUAGCGGGGUGUCCUUCGGCUCGUCCGUGUCCAAGAGACGUCCAGCGGCAGGUGGGCCCUCCGCCGGCGUGCUCACCCAGUUCGAAAAGCAGCUGCUGCACAAGGACCUCAAGCGGAAUAGCUUCCGGGCGGUGUCCGCCACGUCCAAGGACUUUGUCAUGAAUCCGCUCUUCGAGAGCGAGCCGCUGGGCGGGAAGACGGCCCUGCGGCCGGAGACGGAGGACCAGGGCGACUCGGGGGUGGACAGCUGCCUGAACGGCUUCAGCGGUGCGGACGCCAAGUACAGCAACAAUAGUCUGCUAUUCUAGGAACUCUGGGGAUCGUUUGGGUCAUAGGCCCCACGGAUAUUUGCCAAAUUACGCAUAGCUUAGUCAAACAAAUAGAUGUUAAACACUAGUCAGUAUAGCAAAGCCAAUUUCUCUGUACAUAGCAAUUAGGAUGGGCAUCGGCGGGAAUAGAAAUUACAAAAUUACAACAAUACUGAAACACGGGAAAUGAGGCAGGCACAGAAUCUCCCGCACUGGAGGGGCAACCGAUUCCUACCUUUCCACUGCACCAGCACCUGUUGCACCAACCACGCCACGCGAAUGAGAGGGUCGAGCUAGUGUUCUGAUCGUAGCUUUAGUUAAUACCACUUACGUAAUGCUAAUGCCCUAGAGUAUGCAACGUUUGUUUUUAAUCAUUAUACUUGCUGUUAAUUUUAUGAAAUAAUAUGAUAAAUCCUGUACCGUAUCUGUAUGCACACCGCUAACGCUCUUUCCAACGAAACACCAUACACAUAUGCCUAGCGAUAUCUAGAAAUCUAUAAUGCAGUAAUUCCAAAUAAAGCCAAACAAUAAACCAACCAACAAACAAAGC